UUUGUAUUGAUUUUCUUUCUACUCAUAAAUCCUUUACUUCACCCUUUCAAAUUCUUAGUACCUUAAUUUCUAACAAACUCAACAAUGGCGAUCAUCUCCGAUUUUCAAGAAGAAGAACAAACCACCAAACAAUCCCCUUCAUCUUCCCAACCCAAACCGAAAUCCAUUCCGUUCACUUCCACCUUCGAUCCAUCAAAUCCUGCCGCUUUUCUCGAAAAGGUAUUCGACUUCAUCGCUAAUGAGAGCGAUUUCUUCGAAAAGGAAUCGGCCGAGAAGGUGAUUCUGAACGGCGCUCGCGCUGUUAGGGUAAAGAAAGCUAAGGCUGUUGCGGCUGAGAAGGCGAAGAUCGCCGCCGAGGCAAAGGCCAAGGCUGAGAAAGCGGCGGCGGCAGAGAAGAAAGAUAAGGGAGUAGAAGCGAAAGAAGAUGGAAAGAAGGAAGGAGCAGCUCCUAAUAAGGGUAAUGGUAUGGAUCUGGAGUUGUAUUCUUGGACUCAAAGUCUGCAAGAACUCAAUGUUAACGUUCCGGUGCCAAAUGGAACGAAGUCGAAGUUGGUUAUCUGUGAGAUUAAGAAGAACCAUCUAAAAGUUGGUCUCAAAGGCCAGCCACCUAUUAUUGAUGGAGAUCUGUACAAAUCUAUCAAGCCUGAUGAAUGUUACUGGAGCAUAGAGGAUCAGAAUACUAUUUCCAUUCUUUUAACCAAGCAUGACCAAAUGGACUGGUGGAAAUGUCUAGUAAAGGGUGAUCCUGAAAUUAAUACCCAAAAAGUUGAACCUGAGAGCAGCAAACUUGGUGACCUGGAUCCUGAGACUCGAUCAACUGUCGAGAAAAUGAUGUUUGAUCAGAGGCAGAAAUCCAUGGGCCUUCCUACAAGUGAGGAGCUUAAUAAACAAGACAUGAUGAAGAAGUUUAUGAGCCAGCAUCCUGAAAUGGACUUCUCAAGGGCUAAAUUGUCUUAGAACGGUGCUAUGGUUUUGGCAAAAUUUUCUUAGAAUGGGGCUAUAGUUUUGGCAAAAUCAUCUUUUAGUUCACAAACAUGUUUUAGUGAAAACACAUUGUGCCUUUAUUUGCUUUUAAUAUAUUUCAGAGUUUUAUACCUUGGUUUGAGUAACAGUAAUGAAAAGUUAAUUAUUGGUUUA